UGUGCAGGGGAGUGGAGAAGGUCUGGGAGAGGACUCGCACACGCACACGGUUUACACGCGCGCGCGCGCAUACAAACACACGCUAUACACGCUCGGAGGGAAAAGGGGAGCUUAAAAAUCUUUUUUUUUUUUCCAAUAAUUUUUGCGCCUUUUGCUUUUUUUUGAAGAGGGAAACUUUCCAGAGGAGUCUCGCUGCGACAAAGAAAGGUGCUGAGGACUAUUUAGAGAAAGAAAAGGAACCCUGACCUGACCCCCCCCCCCAAACACACACCAGUUAUGGCCGCGGUCUUGCCGAGGACGCUGGGUGAGCUGCAGCUCUACCGGAUCCUGCAGCGAGCCAACCUUCUCUACUACUAUGAAGCCUUCAUCCAGCAGGGCGGUGACGAUGUGCAGCAGCUGUGCGAGGCCGGUGAGGAGGAGUUCCUGGAGAUCAUGGCACUGGUCGGUAUGGCCAGUAAGCCACUGCACGUACGCCGCUUGCAGAAAGCGCUACGCGACUGGGUCACCAACCCGGCCAUCUUCAACCAGCCCCUGACCUCACUGCCGGUCUGCAGCAUCCCUGUCUACAAGCUGCCUGAAGGCUCGCCGACAUUACUGAGUCCCCAGGACCGGGCCAAUACAUCCAGCACCAAGAUGACCAAAGCGGUCGCGACCUGCUCAGAUGCAGGAAAGCUGGACUUGACCCGGGACAAAGUGUCCGUAGGGUCUCCCCUCCAGGGAAAUAGCGAAGCUCGGUUCUGGUCGGGACACAGCAACGAUAGCGAGCACAGUCUUUCACCCUCUGACCUGGGCUCGCCGUCCUCACCCAGAGAUGUGAUGGAGGCUCUGGAUGCGGCUGCCGUGCAGUCGGUCCUAGAGUGCGUGGACAGGAUGGCACCAGGACUUGCCAAGGCGGACAUUGCUGAUGUCAAGGAGCAGCUCAAGAGCAACAAGAAACUGGCAAAGAUGGUCGGACACAUAUUUGACCUGAGCGACGAGGAUCCGCGGAGGGAGGAGGAGAUUCGCAAAUACAGCGCCAUCUACGGACGCUUCGAUUCAAAGAGGAGGGACGGCAAACACCUGACACUCCAUGAGCUGACAGUGAACGAGGCAGCAGCACAGCUCUGCAUGAGGGACACUGCCCUGCUGACCCGCCGCGAUGAGCUCUUUGGACUCGCCCGGCAGAUCUCUAGAGAAGUCACCUAUAAGUACACCUACCGCACCAGCAAGUCUCGCUGUGGAGAUGAGCCCUCUCCCAAAAGAAUUAAAACUGAGGAGAACUUCUUUGACAUCCAGGAGGCGCUGCAGGCCAUUCACAUGAGGCAGGAGAUGCUGCGGGAGCAGCUGGCCUGCGCUAAGUCCAAAGGAGACGAAAGCAUCGGACGGAAUCUGCAGAUGCAGCUGGAGCGUCUGCUGGCGAGGCAGAUGGAGAUCCUGCAGGAUGCGGCGGUGCAGGAGCGGCUUCAGGCUCUGGACUGGAGGAUCCCCCCCGCCGCCUUGAAGUACCUGACUGACGCCCAGAACACCAACGGGGCCGGGGGUGACGCCAGCAGAGAGACCCAGGAUGAGCGACCCAUGAACCUGCGAGUUGUCAGUCAAACCAUGCAGGAAGGUGACCUCCCGCUGGGCAAACAGCUGGCCAACGAGCUGAAACGUCAUCACAACCACAACAGCAGCACAGAAGAGACCAAAACAGCAGCAACAGAAAACGGGACUUCACAGCGGGCGUCCAGCAGCACAGACAAAAAGACCAUCAAGUCGGAACCGGAAGACUCCACAUAGUGCCUCCUGCUUGCUCCGCCCUCACGUCUCAUCGUAGUAUGCAGUAUUCAGCGUCACUAGAAACUAAGCGAGCACAGUCACAGUAGAGCCUUAACAACCAACGUUGCCUCACGAAGAGUAUUUAUUUUCCUGGGUUUGUGUCAGUGCCGACGCAUCGAAGCGACGCUCGGCGGGUCUCCACUCGAAGCACGUUUGGACACACUUACCUCUCUGAACAUUGUCUUAUUUUUUGCUCUGCCCAUCUGUCCUUCUAAAUCCAACAUCAGUGUCUCUGUUUGUGCUGGAAACAAAAACAGUCCCAGUUAGACUGAGAGCGAGCAUUAGGUUCCUUAUUUUAGGGUCUGGAUGACUCCGCCGCUUUAGUCUGGUGUAUAUUUAUGUGCGGUCUGUUCAGAAGCAGUUUUUUUGUAGUACUAUUACACACCCAAACCUUGUGGGGGGGGGGGGUUCCGGUAACUCGGUAACUGCUGGUGAUCCAGAAGGACACACCUGCAAGCAGAAUAUCCCCCGACUGAAGAUGUGACGCUUCACCAGAAAUCACUUUCAGGCAGUGUGUGUGUGUGUGUGUGUGUGUGUGGGUGUGUGUGUGUGUGUGUGUGGGUGUGUGUUCUUCUAUUUCUACCCUUCUUGAGACGUCCACCAGUAAAAGUACCGUCCAUAUGAAGACCGGUGAACAAGUUAGGACCGAAAUCAUGGUCCCAAUACGGAAAAAAAACAUUGCAUCUGCUAGAGAGCCAAUUACUAGAGUCCGUGAACAUUGCUCCAAAGUCAGGAUUUUUUUUUUGUUUUUUUUUUUUGUUAAUUUAAUGUGCACACAAAAGUAAACAUUGACAGGUGCAAAGGCAGGAAUAUAUCAAUCAAUCAAUCAAUCAAUGUUUAUUUAUAUAGCCCUAAAUCACAAGUGUCUCAAAGGGCUGCACAAGCCACAAACGUCAUCCUCGGUUCAGAGCCCAAAUAAGGGCGAGGAAAAACUCACAACCCAGUGGGAUGUCAAUUUGAAUGAUUAUGAGAAACC